GAGCAGCCCUAAUUCCUUUUCGGGUUAAUUGAAUUCCCCUCCGCCGUGAACUGAUUGCGACUCCGCGUCCACCGGAAUUGAGUUUCGAGUUCCCAUUUUUGUCUCCGGUGAAAUUUCUGUGAGUGAAAUGGAGAAGAAGACGAAGAGGGCAACGAAGCCAACACGCGACGGUUCCGAAUUCAACAUCUGGUCUUUUCUGACUCAAAGGGGCACUACAUCUUCCUUCAUUUGCAUCACUCUGUUUGCUAUUUUGGUGCGAAUUGCAGUAUCAGUCCACCCCUAUUCAGGCGCCGGAACUCCGCCUAAGUAUGGGGAUUACGAAGCUCAGCGGCAUUGGAUGGAGAUCACUCUUAAUCUCCCUGUUAAAGAAUGGUACCGAAAUAGCACUGUCAAUGAUCUGAAAUACUGGGGUCUAGAUUACCCUCCUCUUACAGCUUAUCAGAGCUAUAUUCAUGGCCUUUUCCUCAGAUAUUUUGAUCCACAGUCAGUUGAACUCUACACUUCCCACGGCUACGAGUCUUAUAUUGGAAAAUUGUUGAUGCGGUGGACAGUAUUAUUGUCCGAUGUCCUAAUAUUUUUUCCUGCUGUUAUUUAUUUUAUUAUUGUAUAUUACUCCGGUAGUCAUGAGGGGUCGAAAAGUGGUAGGCUGUGGCACUUUGCCAUGAUUUUGUUGAAUCCGUGUCUCAUCUUGAUUGAUCAUGGUCAUUUUCAGUACAAUUGUAUUAGUUUGGGGCUUACUGUUGCUGCGGUUUCUGCAAUCCUAUCUGAUAGCGACAUUGUUGGUUCGAUCUUGUUCACUCUUGCUCUUAACCAUAAACAGAUGAGUGCCUAUUUUGCACCUGCAUUUUUUGGCUAUCUCUUUGGAAAAUGCUUAAGGCGCCAUAAUCCUUUUCUUGAGGUCUUGAAAUUGGGCUUGGCGGUGUUAGGAACAUUCACUGUUCUUUGGUGGCCAUAUCUUUAUUCUUUGGAAGCACCUUUCGAGGUUCUUUCCCGCCUAGCUCCUUUUGAGAGGGGCAUAUACGAGGAUUAUGUGGCUAACUUCUGGUGUACCACUUCAGUCAUUGUGAAGUGGAAGAGAAGGUUCAGUACUCAAACACUAAGGAUUCUUAGUCUUGUUUCAACUGUUUCCACAUGUCUGCCCUCAAUGCUGCUGCUAAUAUUGGCACCGAGCAGAAGAAACUUCCUGUUUGGACUGCUCAGCAGUGCCUUAUCAUUCUACUUCUUCUCAUUUCAAGUUCAUGAGAAAUCUAUUCUGCUGCCUCUUCUUCCAGCAAGCUUCUUGGCAAUUGAUGAGCCUCUCAUUUUUCGCUGGCUAACAUAUUUUGCCUUGCUUUCCAUGUUCCCUCUUCUAAGGCGUGAUGAAUUGAUUAUUCCAUACAUUGCUUUAAAUGGUCUCUUUGUCCUCCUGUACAAUGCACCUGGUCAAAGAGAAGACACAAAGGAGACUCGCUCUCCUUCUACAACUUUAAAAUAUUUUGUGAUCGCCUGCUCUCUUCUUCUGCAUAUUGUUUACUUGAUGGUAACUCCACCAAGGAGGUACCCCUUCCUCUUCGAGGCAGUAAUGAUGCUCCUCUGCUUCUCUCAGUUCUUUUUUAUUUUUAUGUACACAAACAUGAAACAAUGGAAGCUUUUUAAGCUUUCCGGUCAAACAGUUGGAGAAAAGAAAAAUGUUUAGUACUUUUGGUGAUAUUCUUGGAGUACAUUUUUGGAAGGGAUCAUAUUUCGUCUUGCCAGAGAAUUGGUAAAUGAAAUUUUUUAGUUUCAUUUCCAAAUAGGAAAAGAUGCAUAUACUUUCAAGUCCUUGUAACACUUCUGAUUUACGUUGUAUGGCUGAGCUUAGUAGAACUAUUAGGAGAGGACUCUCCCA